UCGUGACUUCUCCCAGGAUGCAUUCUGUUCUAACUCGCCAUGUGAAAUAUGGCGAGAAGCUGAUGGCGGCCUCUUCGAUAAGUUUGAACUUCUUGCCUCGUCCGCUGAGGAAAGCUUUACUCGAUUUCCAAAAAGAGGGUGUCAAGUUUGGAAUACAAAAGCAGGGAAGAUGUUUAAUCGGAGACGAGAUGGGCCUUGGCAAAACCCUUCAGGCAAUAAGUAUAGCAUAUUAUUACAAAGAUGUCUGGCCACUGUUGAUUGUGGCGCCAUCUUCUGUGAAAUUUUCUUGGAUCGACGAGAUUGAGAAAUGGCUACCUGAGGUUGAACCCCAGAACUUGAACUUGAUUAGAUCUGGCAGUGACAUCAGCAACCUUGGUAAAGCCCUGAUUCACAUUGUCGGAUACGGCUUGCUGAGUGCAGGGACGUCUAAACUCUUGCUGCAAGCUCUGGAAACCCACAAGUUCAAUGUCGUUAUUAUAGAUGAAUCACAUUACUUAAAGACAAGACGUGCAGCCCGCACACAGCGACUCCAUCAACUUUGCAAGAAGGCCAAGCACGCCAUUUUACUGAGUGGAACACCAUCACUCGCAAGACCAAGGGAGCUAUAUUUCCAGCUUGACAUUGUUUGUCCAGGCAAGUUUGGGUCCUUCAAUAAGUUUGUUAAACGUUACUGUGAUGCCCACGAAGUUUGUUACAGAGGAGAGCAUCGUUUUGACACAAGUGGUGCAUCAAACCUUGAUGAACUUUACCACCUUCUGAAGACACAUGUUAUGAUACGGCGACUCAAGAAAGAGGUUUUAACUCAGCUGCCUCCAAAGAGAAGACAGAAAGUGAUUUUUGAUAUCUCUGAGUCUACUGGUGAAAACACAAAAAAGCUGCAACAGACUAUGAAAGAGUUUAAGAAAUGUUCUGCUAUUCUUAGAGGUGAUUCAGAUGUUGAUGAUCUGACCGUCAAGUCACCUCUGUUUGAAAUGAAUAGACUAUCAUCUGAAGUUUAUAAGUAUACUGGUCUUGUAAAGGUGAGAUGUCCUGUGCUGUAAACUCACCGUAAACUGUAAUCAUCAAAAUUAUCAGACAAACAUGUCCAACAUCCUAAUUAAUGAAAGUAUAGAAGGGUCGCCCCCAGGAUGAAUCA